UCCGAGGACUGGGGGGAUGGAGAGUGGGAGUACUGGGGAAUCGUGAACCAAGAGAUGGAUGCAUAUCGCAUGUCAUGCUACGAGGUGAAAUGGCCCGGCUGGCAACGUUGAAAGGAAGUGGGAUAAUGACCGAACUGACAAGCGUGCAGAGAAGGCUAAAGAAAGCCUCGCCAUCAAGAUCGGCAUUGAGCCUGACCAGCCCUGGCACGAAGACGCGACAGUCGAGUGGGAGGAUGCAUACAUCGAAAAGCUUGCUGAGCGCGACAGACGAGGGCUCAGAGAUUACAUGCACUGGCAGAACAUCAAGCAUGUCACUGACAGCGACAGCGACAGCGAUGGUGUAUCUGUGAGGUCGGAAGGCGGGUCAGUUCCCAACCCCCCGUCAGCGAACAGGCCAGUCAGGCCAGAGCUGCGGCCUCAGUCGCAGCCUGAUCCUGAGGUCAAUCAGGUAAGGCGGAGAGACCGGCGAAAGGAGCUCCAAGCGGAAUGGAACCGUGCAAUAAAAUUCGCGCGCGCAGCUCCUCUGUACAUCGUCACCGGGUCCAAUGCUCAGGACGUCCCUCCCGGGCUGGAGGGUUUCGAGUAUUGCGAGCAGCACUACGUGAGAGCUGAGGGGGUUCCUGGUCCACCGGACCCCUCCUUCCUUGCUAUUUGCGACUGCACAACUGGUUGCAGGAGCGCACAAAGGUGUGAUUGCCAGCUCGCAUCAGAGCUCGUCAAUGAAGCCGGAGAGAGAAAGUAUGCCUAUAACAGCGAGGAGAUAUUCAAGUUCAACCUCCGCCCAGGUGUGGUGGUCAUUGAAUGCAACGAGGGCUGUACAUGCCCCCAAACGUGCCAGAACCGCGUCGCACAGCGACCGCGGGAUGUUCCGAUGGAGGUCUUCUACACCGGCGACUGCGGCUGGGGCGUUCGUGCGACGACUGAUCUUCCCGUAGGCAAGGUCCUCGGGGUAUACACAGGGAAGCUUAUACGUCGCGAAGAUGCCGACAACUUGUCGGACGAGCACAGAUCUUACAUAUUCGAUCUCGACAUGCUUGAGUCGGGUGACGAGGACGCGAGCACGGUGCGGUAUUCCGUUGACUCCUACCAAUAUGGCAACUGGUCGAGGUUUAUAAAUCAUUCCUGCGAGCCCAACAUGAAGGUAUAUCCCGUGGUGUGGGACACGGUCGCCGAGCUCAACCAGCCAUACCUCGCGUUCGUCACGACGAAGGCUGUGCGCGCUCGUACGGAGCUCACGAUCGACUACAACCCUCGGGACGCGGUUGCGCACAAGCAGGGCAAAUCGAAGGGCAAGUCCAGGGUACCAGAAGGCGCGACGCGGUGUAAGUGCGGCGCAGAAGGUUGUCGGGGAUGGGUUAUGGUGUAGGA